CGCUCCAACCUAUAUCACCCCAACCGCAUCCCUACCUCUCUCAAGAACCGGUAACAAGCCCAUCCACAGCCCUGCCGCCCGUUCCACAACACCCCCUGUCCUCCAACCCAAAACGCCAAACUCCCCGGCAGACCAGAGGAAAAAACCGGUCAAAGAUCCUUCGCUCAUGCGCCAACCAAGCCCAACAACCAGGCGGACGUACAGGGGAACCAACCAGGGACUACUCGUUUCACACUGCGUACACCCCGCUUCUCUCGUACAAGGGGGGAAAGCAUCGGAUCGGGUGUUUUGCACACAUAUCCCUGGGAUCAGGUAGAGUAGGAUCGCGAUCUCACGCACGCGAAUCCUUUCCGCGCUAGCAGGAUCGAAAGUCGGCGAUAUGAGUAGUCAUUAGUCUACCAUGUAUACCGGGGGCUCGCGUGUGCAGCCCCCGACAUGGACAUUAACAAAGUAAGCAAGGGAGAUGGAAUGGAUGGGGUGAUAUGCUUAUGCACGAGUGACAUUGUCUGUCCCGCGCGUACAGUACGAGCAGAGCCUCAAUUGCUUCGUAUGGCAUUGCAUUGCAUUGCAUGUAUGCACACUCUUUCCUAGCUCGCUGAUUGGUUGAUUGGGAGUUGUCGCGCGUGAGAGGUAUAAUGCAGACGCGGGAUGAGAUCGGAUUUUGGCUGUCUCCCUCUCUCCCUCUGUCUUCAAACGUCUGAGCGCGCUUCAUGUCACGAGAUAGAUGGUGCGUGUGGUGUUGGGUAUUGGCCCCCCUUCUCCCCCCGGAGUUGGAUCCAUCUAGGACCCCACGACCCCGCGCCCGUCUGUGCACACGUGGGACCGGUGGUGAGCAGCAAGGAGGAUUUAUUGCCAUGCUUUGUGUGUGUGAGGAUCGUAAGCCCGGUGAGACGGUAGUGGCGCGGGUGAUAAUUAUAGUUUUUCUUCCUUUUUCUUCUUUCUUUUCUGAGACGUGGAGUUGUUUGACUGUCGGCUUGCGGAGUUUCUUUCCUGUUGUCCUUGGACUUGGGGCAACACAGUAUCGAGUUGAGCGACCUGAGUAACGAUGCCAAAGUGUAAUUGAAGGUUGAUUGUUGCCGUCUCGAGUUAGUGUGCAGAAUGAUUUGUGAAUCUUGUGGGGCGGGUGUCUUCGGCGGCGACCU